AUCACAUUGAGGAAUGUAGGAAUAUGUUGCUUUGUAUCAGCACCAUGGGAAGCCAUUCUCUUGCUUUCAUUCUCAUUUGUUCUGGCGUAUGUUUCUCUCCAUUUGUGGCAGAUAAAGGAAAUGUAUGGAACGAUGUGGUCAUGGUACGUGAGGGCACAUCUGUCACCCUGUCCUGCUUUGAUUCGCCACUCACAUCUUCUGUAAUGGUAUUCUGGAAUGUGAUGUCAGCAGGAAAGGAUACCUGGUCAAAUCUGAUAUCAGCCAAUUGUAACCAGCGGCGGACAGAUGGACUAAAUAGCGCAGUGUUUGGCGGUGAAACCUUGGAGAUCUGUGCCGAUGCCUCACUAAGUUUCAAUGCUACAGCUUCCACUCAAGGCCUGUACUCCUGUGUGAUAAAACAGGGUAACAAGAAGAUACAGGAGAGGAUUGUUCUGCUUGGCCUGAUUAAAUUAUCAAUUACUCCUACGCCCCCUGUCACAGUGGACAGUACUCUGAGAUUGACAGCUCAGGUGUCUCCCCCCUCUGUGGUUGCCUGGGGAAUGUGGGUGUCUCCCUCGGGUGAACAGCUACACACUGAAAUCAGCCAUGCCACGGGCAGUCUGCUCAGCAAGCUGCCUCGCAUCACUAGUAAAGACAGCGGAGUCUAUACCUGCAGAAUCUGUGUCCAUGGUAACAGUGGCACGUCUGUCUCAGAGCACAGGGUGAACGUUACAGUGAAUGAGAGGACUGUGUUUAAUAUUACUAAUGUGACACAUGGGAUCCCAAGGUCUUUGGCAACACUCUCUCAAUCAGUGGUCACUCUAGAAUGUCCUCCUGUCACUGGUGACUAUGUGCUGCUCUACUGGGAGGAUCCUGAUAAAUCAGGGAUGGAGCUCAUAUUCCAGUUCAACCGCUGGAGGCUUAGUUUUACCAACCAGACCAAAUCCAACCUUUAUUUGAAAAACUCCACCUCCCUGGCUGCUGGGAACUUCUCCUUCCUGUUAAGACCAGCCAUGAAUGAUGGAGGACUCUACUUGUGUGAGGUCUUCCUUGAUGACAAGGCUUACAGCCAAAGCAACAGACUGAGUGUUUUAAAUGGCAACGCCAAGUCGUCCCGCACUUCUCUGGAUCUGAGCUGUGUGUACUCAGAACUAUCUCAGAUUAAAGAGGUAAAAUGGUCACAUGUCCAGAACCCCCAUCGCUCUCUGCAGACAACUGCUGUUUUGGGUCGGAUCAAGACCUCUGUAGCACUUCCCGUGACACCUGAGACCGCUGGACAAUAUACUUGCACUCUUUAUCUGAACAAUGGAAAUAAAGUGGAAUAUAUGUUCACUGUCGCAAUGGCCGAUAUAGCAACAACAGUUUCUCCUGGCUCUACACUGCCAUCUGCAGUCACACUCCUCCCUGCAGAAGAUGCUUCAAAAGCAUACCAUGUUUCCACAAUCUCAUUCCUCCUAUUUCUUAUACCCAUGAUUGCAAUAGCUGUUGGGGUGUUGCUAUGGAGACAAGGAUAUUGCAUCACUCAUGGAGGUGUGCAGCAAUCACUGUCUCACCACUCUGGAGAGGUGGAGAACAUCUAUGAAAACCCUGACGAUCUUAGACAGACACCUCCCCAAGGCUCAGUCUACAUGGAUCUAAAGCCAACGAGUGAGAUGGAUGUAUAUAAAGAAUUAGAUAGUUCGUAGACAGGGAACAGGAGGACACAAGAAAUGUGGGGUUGAAACUCAAGGUAAGAAAUUAAUUUCAAUAAACUCAAAAUGG